GAGAGAGAGAGAGAGAGAGAGAGCACACCGCUGCUGUCUGUCUGAAUCUUUCUCGAAUCCUGGGAAAGUUCCAGGGGCAGGCUGGCUGGCGGAGGGAUCUGGCACGCAGGCACUGCGGCUCCAGCCUGGCUGACGCCGGGGUUGUGGCGCUCCGCUCGGCUCGUGGAGGCUCAAGGGCUCCUAGCAAACACGCUCCCCACCUUGCUCUAUCCGCGCCACGCUCAACUGGGCAGCCAGACAUCACACGCAGGAACAGAGGGACAGGAAUUGCCCCCGUCUUUCACAACAGUGAAGCGCUGUAGUGAAUGGACAUCACACAGCAGAGAUGACUGAAACCUGACCUGCACGAGGAAUAACAUUCACUACCGGAGGCUACCAUUCUGACCAGACUGUAUUUAUGCUAAGAGAGAGAGAGAGGGGAAGAAAGAGACAGAGAAAAAUAAGAUAUUUGGGAUUAUUCCAACAUUCCCACCUCUGUUCCAGACUUUCCUCCCUCCUGGUCUCUUCAGGAAGCACCAACGGAACUAAUGAACCCCAGCUUCUGUUUACAUAGACUCCUCACACUCCUCUUCGAGCUCCUUCCCUGAUCCUCGCUCCUGCUCUCCUUUACCCAUCUGGGCAACAAUCCAUCCCUCACACUCCUCUUCUAUCCCCCUGUCCCCCCCUCUCUCACCUCCUCUCAUCACAUUCCCUCCCUCUUUCACCCAAAGUGGUGUUUCUCAUCUCUCCCUCCAUCCAUUUCUACAUAGCACCAUCCCUCCCUCCAUCCAUCUCUACAUAGCCCCAUCCAUCCCUCCCUCCAGCCAUCUAUACAUAGCACCAUCCAUCCCUCAUGCAUUCCACCACCUCUAUCACGUCCCUCUUCUCCUUCACGAGCCCUGCAGUGAAGAGGCUUCUGGGAUGGAAACAGGGGGAUGAGGAGGAGAAGUGGGCAGAGAAGGCUGUGGACUCUCUGGUGAAGAAACUAAAGAAGAAGAAGGGAGCGAUGGAGGAGCUGGAGAAGGCCCUCAGCUGCCCCGGACAGCCCAGUAAGUGUGUGACCAUCCCUCGGUCUCUGGACGGUCGUCUCCAGGUAUCCCAUCGUAAAGGUCUUCCCCACGUCAUCUACUGCAGAGUGUGGAGGUGGCCCGACCUACAGUCUCAUCACGAACUCAAGGCCUUGGAGUGCUGCGAAUUCGCCUUCGGAUCCAAACAGAAAGACAUCUGUAUCAACCCCUACCACUACAGACGGGUAGAGACACCAGUGCUUCCCCCAGUGUUGGUCCCCCGCCACAGUGAGUUUAACCCUCAGCACAGUCUACUGGCUAAAUUCCGGAAUGCCUCGCUCCACAACGAGCCCCUGAUGCCCCAGAAUGCUACAUACCCGGACUCCUUCCCUCCUUUCCCCUGCGCCUCCUCAUCCUGCGCCUCCUCAUCCUCUCUCACCCAGUCCCCCACCUCCGCCAGCUACCCCAACUCUCCCAGCAGCGCAGUCGAACCUACCAGCCCCUACCACAUCACAGCAGAGACUCCACCUCCCCCCUAUAGCAUGAUGGAGACAGUCCCAACUGAGGAUGUCAAGCCUGGAGACUCCUCCAACACACACAAGCUCACCUUCUCAGCUCCGCACACAGACCUGCGGCCUGUGUGUUAUGAGGAACCAGAGUACUGGUGUUCGGUGGCGUACUACGAGCUGAACAAUCGUGUCGGAGAGACGUUCCACGCUUCGUCCCGUAGCGUCCUGGUGGACGGCUUCACCGACCCCUCCAACAACAAGAACCGUUUCUGUCUCGGCCUGUUGUCUAACGUCAACCGCAACUCGACCAUCGAACACACACGCAGGCACAUCGGAAAAGGUGUCCAUCUCUACUACGUGGGUGGUGAGGUGUAUGCAGAGUGUCUGAGUGACAGCAGUAUCUUCGUCCAGAGUCGUAACUGUAACUAUCAGCAUGGUUUCCAUGCCACCACCGUGUGUAAGAUCCCCAGCGGCUGUAGUCUGAAGAUCUUCAACAACCAGCUGUUCGCCGAGCUCCUCUCUCAGUCCGUCAACCACGGCUUCGAGGUGGUCUACGAACUCACCAAGAUGUGUACUAUACGCAUGAGCUUCGUCAAGGGCUGGGGUGCAGAGUACCACCGUCAGGACGUCACCAGCACCCCCUGCUGGAUAGAGGUGCACCUGCACGGCCCUCUGCAGUGGCUGGACAAAGUCCUCACACAGAUGGGCUCUCCCCAUAACCCCAUCUCCUCCGUGUCCUAACACACACACACACACACACACACACACACACACACACACACACACACACACACACACACAGAUGGGCUCUCCCCAUAACCCCAUCUCCUCCGUGUCCUAACACACACACACACACACACACACACACACACAGAUGGGCUCUCCCCAUAACCCCAUCUCCUCCGUGUCCUAACACAUACACACACACACACACACACACAGAUGGGCUCUCCCCAUAACCCCAUCUCCUCCGUGUCCUAACACACACACACACACACACACACACACACACACACACACACACACACACACACACACACACACACACACACACACACACACACACACACACACACAGAUGUGGUCUGUCCUAAAACACACACACACACAUACACACACACACACACACACACAGAUGUGGUCUGUCCUAAAACACACACACACACACAUAUCCUCUGUAUCUUGACACACACACACAUUUUAAUGGAUCUAUGCUUAUCUCGACUGAUGCUAUUGAAAUAGCAGCCUUUUCUUCCUGACUGGGAAUCAACCGUCAUUUAACAUUACGAUGGUAUUUCAGUUGAUGACAAUCAAUCAAUCAAUCAUAAGUUACUGUAGCUUUCAGUUAGUCAAUGUACAACGUGCCAGUGUUGCAGAUACAUAUUGUGUUGUUUUAGCUACUCUGCUGUUUAGUUAUACUUCUACUGUAAGGGACAGUAACCAGCGACAACCGACAUCGGAAUAUGCGUGUCAUAGUUUUUUGUUUAGGUGAUGUCGGAGGUGUAACUGUGAUGGGAGCUGUCGUAAAUCCGUGAGCGGCUGCUCUUGUCAUCAUUGUAACGAAAUAACACAUCUUUAAAUCCCACCUGCGUUAGAAGUUCAGAACGAGAAAAGUGUAGGCUAUAGUUGAAAUAAUGACACUCAAAUUAAACAAUUAUAAGGAUUUUUAUAUCAGCCAAUCGAGGUGUAGAUUACAACACACGAUCCAGUGUUCCAACUUGUAACACAGCGACAUGAGGUCAUUACUAACGCAACUAGAUGCAUCCAAUGGCAAUGUCCUGCACAGGUAUAACACCAGGAGCCGUUUGCUGAUUUGACAGCUCUAACGCUGUACACCUCUCCCACAACGCCUAAACACAAACAAUGAUACUGCUAAGCAGUUGUGGGUUAAGGCAGAACUUAUUAAAUCGAGCCCUUCAGUGUCAUUAGACUAUGUUGUGGGUUAAGGCAGAAUUGGUUUAAUCGAGCCCUUCAGUUUCAUUAGACUAUGUUGUGGGUUAAGGCAGAAUUGGUUUAAUCGAGCCCUUCAGUGUCAUUAGACUAUGUUGUGGGUUAAGGCAGAAUUGGUUUAAUCGAGCCCUUCAGUGUCAUUAGACUAUGUUGUGGGUUAAGGCAGAAUUGGUUUAAUCGAGCCCUUCAGUUUCAUUAGACUAUGUUGUGGGUUAAGGCAGAAUUGGUUUAAUCGAGCCCUUCAGUUUCAUUAGACUAUGUUGUGGGUUAAGGCAGAAUUGGUUUAAUCGAGCCCUUCAGUUUCAUUAGACUAUGGUUUCAACUAUCAUUCAAUCCCCUUGUUGUUUACUGUAAGCUACAGAUACUGUAUUCAAUCACACAUAGCUCUGUUUAAAUAACCCUUUAACUCACUCAAAGACGGUUGAGUGCGUCCCCUAUGGCACCCUAUUCCCUAUAUAGUGCACUACUUUAGACCAGAGCCCUAUGGAACCCUAUUCCCUAUAUAGUGCACUACUUUAGACCAGAGCCCUAUGGCACCCUAUUCCCUAUAUAUAGUGCACUACUUUAGACCAGAGCCCUAUGGCACCCUAUUCCCUAUAUAUAGUGCACUACUUUAGACCAGAGCCCUAUGGCACCCUAUUCCCUAUAUAUAGUGCACUACUUUAGACCAGAGCCCUAUGGCACCCUAUUCCCUAUAUAUAGUGCACUACAUUAGGCCAGAGCCCUAUGGCACCCUAUUCCCUAUAUAGUGCACUACUUUAGACCAGAGCCCUAUGGCACCCUAUUCCCUAUUAUAGUGCAGUAGGGUACCAUUUGAGAUCAAAGGAAGCAUUACAGUAGUUACUAAUAGAGACUUAUAUGUCAGUGUAUAACAUGGUGUUUGUGGUGUUUUACGUGUUGGGAAAAUUAUUAACAUGUAUUUACUGUUGUCUCUGACUGCCUUUCUGAUUAUUUCAUUAAAUAUUUUUUUUUUAAUUGAAA